CAAUCCGAUAUUAGCGCUUCAUUGCAUCAGUGUUUCUGACGCCUGUGUCUUUUAUGCUGGCUGAAAUCUGAAGGCGCUUACUGUCAGUACUGUUCCUAAUUGGCCACACAGGGUGUCUGGAGGAUAAACACCCAGCCAACCACUGUGGCCUGACAAGCAUCGGCACACCAUUUCCGGAAGGAGGCAUCGUCUCUCAAGAUCCCCGAGUUUUGUGUGUACUGUUCCCUCAAGCUCCACUGGAAUCCUCCUCCUUUUCAGCUGGCCCCAAAGAAUCCUCUGACGCGCAGGACACGCUGCGGAGAGGCCCCCAGGCGCGCGGCGACGCCGGAGAAACGCGCAGGACAGGGGAGAGCGGAGCCCCGCGGCGGGGCGGCCGGCGCCUGGCGCAGGCUCGGCAUUUGUUCUGGAAGCUCGUAUUUACAUUUUAAGUGUAUCUGGUGAGUGGGCAGGAGCCCUCGUCUGGGCCGGAAAAAAAAAAAUAGCCCUCGGGUUCGUCUUUCUAGUUGCUACUCUUCCUUUUUCUCUCCGGUUUCUCAUCACUUCAACCAGCCGCGACGAUGCCCAGGAAGAAGGUGGCGGCGGCGGCCUGGGAGGAGCCGAGCUCGGGCAACGGCACGGCCCGCGCAGGGCCCAGGAAGCGCGGCGGCCCGGCCGGCAGGAAGCGCGAGCGGCCCGAACGCUGCAGUAGCAGCAGCGGCGGCGGCAGCAGCGGAGACGAGGACGGCCUGGAGCUCGACGGGGCCCCCGGCGGGGGCAAGCGCGCGGCUCGGCCGGCGGCGGGCAAGGCGGGCGGCGCGGCCGUGAUCAUCACCGAGCCCGAGCACACCAAGGAGCGCGUCAAACUUGAAGGGUCUAAGUGCAAAGGACAGCUUUUGAUAUUUGGGGCAACCAACUGGGACUUGAUUGGUCGAAAAGAAGUGCCUAAACAACAAGCUGCUUACCGCAAUCUCGGUCAGAACUUGUGGGGACCCCACAGAUAUGGGUGCCUGUCGGGGGUCCGGGUGCGGACGGUGGUUUCAGGUUCAUGUGCUGCCCACAGUCUCCUCAUCACUACGGAAGGGAAACUGUGGAGCUGGGGUCGAAAUGAGAAGGGGCAGCUGGGACAUGGUGAUACCAAGAGAGUUGAAGCCCCCAGACUCAUCGAGGGUCUCAGCCACGAGGUGAUUGUGUCUGCAGCGUGUGGGCGGAACCACACUCUGGCCUUGACAGAAACAGGCUCCGUGUUGGCAUUUGGAGAGAACAAGAUGGGGCAGCUGGGCCUCGGGAAUCAGACAGACGCGGUGCCCAGCCCUGCACAGAUAAUGUACAACGGCCAACCAAUUACCAAAGUGGCCUGUGGGGCUGAAUUCAGUAUGAUAAUGGACUGCAAAGGAAACCUCUAUUCCUUUGGGUGCCCUGAAUAUGGUCAGCUGGGACACAACUCCGACGGGAAGUUCAUCGCACGGGCACAGAGGAUAGAGUAUGAUUGCGAGCUGGUCCCCCGGCGAGUGGCCAUCUUCAUCGAGAAGACAAAAGAUGGACAGAUUUUGCCAGUCCCAAAUGUGGUUGUGCGAGAUGUGGCCUGUGGUGCCAAUCACACGCUGGUCCUGGACUCCCAGAAACGCGUUUUCUCUUGGGGGUUCGGUGGCUAUGGACGGCUGGGCCAUGCGGAGCAGAAGGACGAGAUGGUCCCUCGCCUGGUGAAGCUGUUUGACUUCCCUGGUCGUGGGGCAUCCCAGAUCUACGCUGGUUACACCUGCUCCUUUGCCGUCAGUGAAGUGGGUGGUCUGUUUUUCUGGGGGGCCACCAACACCUCUCGUGAGUCCACCAUGUAUCCGAAAGCAGUGCAGGACCUCUGCGGCUGGAAAAUCCGAAGUCUGGCAUGUGGGAAGAGCAGUAUCAUCGUGGCUGCGGACGAGAGCACGAUCAGCUGGGGCCCGUCUCCAACCUUCGGGGAGCUGGGCUACGGAGAUCACAAGCCCAAAUCUUCCACCGCGGCCCAAGAGGUGAAGACGCUGGACGGCGUUUUCACAGAGCAGGUUGCCAUGGGCUACUCGCACUCCUUGGUGAUAGCAAGAGAUGAAAGUGAAACCGAGAAGGAGAAGAUCAAGAAACUGCCAGAGUAUAACCCCCGAACCCUCUGAUUAUCCCUCCCGGAGUCUUCCUCCAACUCCACACCUCGCGGCAGCUGUCAUUUCCAUGUGCACUGGGACAGGAAGUCAGAGGAGGGAUUUAAAAAAGCAAACGUCGACCGAAGGUGCAUUUUUGUUAGACUCCCUGAGGUUCCGUUUUAUAAGUGAUUCAACGUUAACUACCUUUUUCUGUAUGCUUUCCAAAGUGUUUUUUUCUUCUUCUUAGUGUUUAAUUAAAAUAUUUGCUCAUAGUUGUCUACCAUUCCUAUGAAAGAGGCAGAAACUUUGAGCAAUCUAGGUUUUUUUUUUUUAAGUUGUUUUUCAUUUUUUCUCUCCUAAAUACACUUCCCAAACGUCCCUUUCCAAUUGUCAUUAGCAUUGUGAACCGAAUGGGUGCUACAUGAGAGAGGAAUCACCAUUUACUCUGGAAAAAAAUGUCCGUUCCGGGAUCCCGCAGCAGCCGGGCAAAGACGGUCCCCAGUGGCCACUCUCCAUCCAGUCGCGUCACGUGCUUUAGAAGCACCUGGGUCUCUCCUUCCAGCUUUCUCUUGUAGACCAUCCGAGGCGGGGAGGUGCUCAGUUCCUCCCCUCGGCUGCUUGUAAGCCACAGCCUUUGGCUGCGAUGUUGCUUGAACUUGCCGCUUCCCUCCUGGUGAGGGCUUUGGGGUCCUGUGUAGCCAUUCCUUGUAUCUCCUUUAUUAGCUCUAACAGAAGUCCAGAUGAAAAUUAGGCGAUUGUGGAACCAGUGGGGACUUAAGGUCUGGGGCAGAGGUGGGGAACAUUUGUCUCUCCUGAAAGUUCUGGCUUUGGGGGGGUCCCCUCAUGAGCCUAGUUGCUAGCACUCUCCUCUGGAGACGGAGCAGCCAGUAGCAGGAAGACAGGAAUUCUGAAGUCCUUGCCAAGACGGGAUCAGCCCUUUGUCUCACCAGCCGCUGUUCCCUUGUGCUUCUGUCCUUAUCCACCACCCCCCCCCCCCCGCCUGAGUCCUGCCUGGAACAGGCCCUUCCUACUUGAGAGACUUGGGGUUGGGGUAACAGCUGCGCUAACCCAGCUCUCUUCUGUUGUGUUUGCUUGACUCUGGUACCAAAUAGUUGGGAUCACUGAAGAAGCCCCCUUUCCUGUGCCUCUCGGCGCAGGGGCUGUGACUGCUGCCCGAUUCCCCACGAAGUGCCCCCCGCCCGAGCGCUGCCUGGGUUGCACAGCUCCGCGAGUGUUUCGAGGUGCCUUUCCCGGAACCCUCCUCUCACUUGGACCCAAGAGUGGUGACAGCUCUGGCGGGGGCUCUUGGUUUCAAGAGGGUCUGGACUGGUUUGGGUGCUUUAAAAUAGAUUUUUAGUUCAGUGGUGCUUAUGGGAGAGAUGGAGAUAGAACCUAACCUGUGAGACUUGGGUGGAUGGGAAGGUUAAAUAUUGCGCUUUUGUUUUGCUUUUGCUAUUGUUACCACUUUUCAUUGUCUUAAUGUUAAAAUGCCAAAAAAGGAUCUAGUUGUUGUUGCUUUUUUCCCACUCUCCCCACUCCAGCCACUCCUUUGCAGUGACUUCUGCCUUUGUGGGGCAUAUAGCAGUGUCUGUCUUGGCCAGUUGUCAUGCCUUGCUGAAGGAGAUUGGUUUGCAUCUUCUAAGAUUUAGUCGAAUUCCAUGCUCAUCUGUACCGUCCUCUGUCCAAUAAGUAGUCUAGGGAGAAGCUUGUGCAUCUUAAGAGCUUCUGCUAAACUAACCGAAUUCAUCCAGAUCACUCAAAACCACCAUUUCUGACUCAAGCUUCCAUAUGUGGAACCUGAUCAGCUUCCCUGGCCGGGUGUCUUUCCUGGGUUGUGGCUCAGGCAUACGUUCCAUGUCCCCCUGGGGUCUCUCUUUAGUUGUGUGGUCACCUGGUAGCUUGGGGUUGGAGGAACCAAGGGUUGAAGAAACUGUAGCCAGGGUCCUGGCCUGUUGCAGGAACUGCCCUUGGCUAAGCUGGGUCUCAGAUCUUCCGGUGGACUGAUCUGAAAUUGGCAGCCAGUCUGUUCUAGAACCCCCUGCCCCCCACUUGCCAGGGACUGGAGCAGGAAAGGGAUGUGCCUUCCAAAAGAAGCCUGCCCUAUUCCCUCCCACCAUCACUCCUUGUGGCUCAGAAUUUUAAAAUGAAAAUACUGAUGGUCAGAGUCCUUUAGAACCAGGAGUUUGGGGUGGGCUUUGAGGGUGGUAGCUCCUGCACUCCUAGAGAAAGGUACAAAGAGGCCUGGGCUGUGAAAGUGCUUUACGGCUGGCCCUCGUGUCUGCCACAUCUCCCAGCUCAGGAGGUAGAAGUGGAAAGAUGAGGCUUAGCGUGAAGGGGAAUCCAAGAGGAGGCUGUGGCUUGGUCGAAGGUGCCUGGUUUAGUGCUGUAAUUGUCUUUUUUUAUAUAUAUAUAUAUAUAUAUAUUUCUGGGAGUAAACAUUUUAAAUAAAUGACGUCAUUGUUUACUCUG